AGUUGGGGCUGGAGUAAGUGCCAUUAUCUGCCGGGGUUUCUUCUCUGGCUAGUCUGUGAAGACCGCUGAGGGCAACCACUUCCUCCUCUUUCUCCCUGCGCUUGUGGGGUUGGGUGAGUGCAAGGAACUGGAAUCUGCUGAGAUCUGCCCAGGUGGGUGUGUCCCUACCCGCCCCAGGAGCAGGCCCUUCCAGCCCAGCCCAGAACAGGCAGCAGCAGCCAGCUUGGGGCAGCGGCAGAACUCAACAGGGACACAGGUCUGCAGAUAAUGAAGCUCUGACCAAAGGCAUCCACCUCCCUGGCAGCCAUCUGCCCUGCAGCCGUAGCUCACAUUCUCAUGACCUGCCUCUGCUCACUUUGGGACUGUCUCUGUGCAGCCUCCAGGGCCCCUGUUCUGGAGAUAAAUGUGAUGCCAGGACCCUGAUGUGCUCUAUGAUGCCCCGAGCCUAGCUCCUCAGCACACUUAGGCACGAUGUUGGCCAACUCCUUCACCAACACUUCCACCAACAGCUCUGAGCCCAGCCCGUGCCCUGACUACCGGAACACCCACCGCCUGCACAUGGUGGUCUACAGCCUAGUUCUGGCCACAGGGCUCCCGCUCAACGCGCUGGCCCUCUGGGUCUUCUUGCGUGCCCUGCGCGUGCACUCAGUGGUGAGCGUGUACAUGUGCAACCUGGCGGCCAGUGACCUGCUCUUCACCCUAUCGUUGCCAGUGCGCCUCUCCUACUAUGCGCUGCACCACUGGCCCUUCCCGGACCUCUUGUGCCAGAUUGCAGGCGCCAUCUUCCAGAUGAACAUGUAUGGCAGCUGUAUCUUCCUGACCCUCAUCAACAUUGACCGCUACGCUGCUGUCGUGCACCCGCUGCGGCUGCGCCACCUGCGGCGGCCCCGCGUGGCCCGCCUACUGUGUCUGGGCGUGUGGGUACUCAUCCUGGUGUUCGCAGUGCCCACUGUGCUCGUGCACAAGCCUUCGCCCUGCAGCUCCAAAGGCCUGCAUGUGCGCCUGUGCUUUGAGAGCUUCAGUGAAAAGCUGUGGAAGGGGGGGCUGCUACCGCUUGUGCUGCUGGCGGAAGCGCUGGGUUUCCUCCUGCCGCUGGUGGCCGUGAUCUAUUCAUCCAGCAGGGUCUUUUGGACCUUGGCGAGGCCCGACGCCACGCAGAGCCUGCGGCGGCGGAAGACCGUGCACCUCCUGCUGGCCAACCUGGUCAUCUUCCUGCUGUGCUUCGUGCCCUACAACACCACGCUAGCCGUCUACGGGCUGCUGCGCAGCGACCUGGUGGGGGGCAGUCAGGCGGCCCGUGAGAAAGUGCGCGGCGUGCUGAUGGUGAUGGUGCUUCUGGCUGGCGCCAACUGUGUUCUGGACCCGCUGGUGUACUACUUCAGUGCCGAGGGUUUCCGCAACACCCUGCGCGGCCUGGGCACUCCUUUCCGGCCCAGCACCUCGGCCACCAAUGGAAUUGGAGGAACGUCUGCCCAACGGCCCUCUGAGGCUCCCAACACCACGAGGCCUGCUGCCGCCAGCCAAGGACUGCUCGAGCAUUCCAAUCCUCGGACGCCCUUCACCCAGUGUGCUGAGGAUUCUGUCCUCUGAACACCAAAGGGCCCUAGCGCGGUCACAUCCAUCUCCAUCCCCUCGCGCUUCUCACACUCGGAAGACUUGCAGGGUGCACAUACUUGCAUGGUACAUACAUGAGGGAGGUGGAUCAGACACUUGGAUUUCUGCAUAGCAACUUCAGCUCAUAAAUGCAGGAGCAAAGUGUGGGAACAAUGGGACACAAGGAAGGAAGAGUGCUGGUGGAAGUGUCUUUAAAUUGGUGGUGAUGGUGAGCGUAGGAAAGACCUCUUUUCCAGUUCCUAGGAAGUGAUGCUGUGAGCCUGCCAACACAGACAGAGGCAGAUGACUGGGUGAAGUGCCCUUGGUGGGACUUGAAACACUGCCCAGAGCUGGUGGAUGGAGCAGAAAGCGGGUGUCCUGGAUUUAGACUGACCACAGCAGUUUUAUGGCCAUAGAUGCCAUCCACAUUUCAUUUCCACCUCUGCUUCCCCUGCCUGGCACGGAGGCCAUAAUACGAGAGUGUAUUUAUUGCAUGUGGACAGAACUGGUCUCCUUUUUGUUUAGAGAAUUGUAACAAAUUAGACCUGACCCCCAGCAUGGGGUGGUUGGGGGCAGGACAAAACAGUGAGAAGGUUUUUUUCCUCCAAAAUCUUCGUCUCUCUUCCCCUUUCUAAGUCUUAUCCUUAAACUUUACCCCCUUCUAAGACCUCCUCCAGUCUAGGUCCUAAGUCUCCCCUCCCCACCCCCCACCCCUGCUUCAUCUACAAUAAGGAAACAAUUGCUUGUACUAACGUGGCAGUUCUCAAACUUUUUGGUCUCAGACCCUUUUAAACUCUUAAAAACUGAGGAUUCCAAAGAGCUUUUGCUUAUACUUUACCACAUUAGAAAUCAGAUACUCACCAUAUUAGAAAUUAAAAUGAAGCUUUUACAACAAAUUCAUAAGCACACAUUUCAUUAGCUGUGAGCGCAAUGAUAUCAUCACAGUUCAUGAAGCCUCUGGAAAAUCCCACUGUGUGAGAGAACGGGAGUGCAAAGAACAAAUGACUGGUGCAGUCCCACUGCUGUCCUUGUCGGCUUCAGAACUCGUCAAACCCUGUACUCAUCGCAUCGUGACGAGAAACGAAAAUGCUUCCGCACGCAGCACUUGCUCGGGACUCGUCGGUUUCGGCACUCUCACUGAGUUUCAGAAGGAAUUACUGACGAGUACCAAGGUACCAUUGCAUUAUGAAAAUAGUUUUGACCUCGUGGAUUCCUCAAAGAGUUGGUCCCCAGAUCACACUUUGAGAACCAUAUGUAUACUAGAGUAAUACAGUGUUAGAGCUCAUGGGUAGCUUGUUCUUAGGGCAUUAUGUGUACAUCAUAUUUUAUGGGGGAGAGCAAUGCUCACCAAAUCAAUUGCUAAUUGUAUUCCUUAAGGCUUGGGGUUUGAGGGGGGUGGUGGGGGACAGCAGGAGCUGCAUGAGGAAAGGAACACUACUGCCUUGGGCUUCCUGGAGCAGCAGCCCUAAGGUGGGGGUGGAACUAAUUAUGCAAACACUCAAGAGGAGGGGUGGAGCUUCUCCUGGGAGGGAAGAGGGACUGUGCCACAGGUGGAAAAGAAGAGUUCGCAGGGCAGUCAGAGUGCCAUGGGAGCACAGGAAUAGGUGGCUGGUCUUAGCAAGCUGGAGGCAAGGGAAAUGGAAGACUGGUUUAAUGAGCCAUAUACUGCUUUCUUUCCUCUGUUUUUUCCCCUUAAGAUUUUAUUUAUAUAGCCCUGUCUGGUGUGGCUCAGUGGAUUGAGUGCAGGCCUGUGAACCAAAGGGCUGCCCAUCAGUUCCAUUCCCAGU